AUGAGCAAAGUAAUAACACCAUUAACCGAUGAGGAGUAUGAACACACAAAGAGUCUCAUUCCAACAUUGAAAGUUCAGUAUUUAAAAGAUGUCCUACGAUCUAUGGGAUUGAGACAAUAUAAAACUAAAAAGGAAUUAAUCAAUAGUUUGGUGACAUAUUUAGAUCAAGGGCGUAUUCAUCAAGAUCAUGUUAGAGGUUUAGCCAUGAGAACCUUGAUAGUGAAAAAAUUAAACAAUGAAGAAUUACCAAAGUAUCAUGAUUUGUAUAAUGCAAUCAAUCAAGGUAAAUUUGAACCACCCAGAUUUUCAAAUUCAUAUAGAGCUCCUUCACAGAAUAUACAUGCAAAUGAUUCAGUGGCUAAUGAAAGUCAUAGAUUAUUUUUUAUUGAGGAUCCAUUUUAUAAGUUAGUAAGAAACGUUCAUGGAUCUCCUCAGGUUUGUCCACCAUGUAAUGGUAAAACUUAUACAGAUUUUAAAUUCAUUUUAACUGAAGAAGAAAAUGCUGAAUUAAAAAAAGAUCCACUGAUAAAAUUAUAUUUACUUUGUGGAAAACAAUCUAAUCGAAAAGGUAUUAUUCAGAGAAGUUCUACUGAUGUUCAGGUAGAAUACCCAAGUCAAGUUGAUGUUUGGGUUAAUGGGGAAAGGGUGACCCAAAGUUUCAAAGGAUUAAAAAAUAGACCAGGUACCGGUAGUCCUGUCAAUUUAACCAAUUUAGUAUUGAGACAUCCAAAGUCAAAUAGAAUUCAAUUUGUUUAUGAAAAAACAACAGAAAAUUUUUAUAUCUAUUUAUAUCUUGUGAGAACAACUCCGAUUGAGACUGUAUUUAAUCAAAUAAUCAAUGCGCCAAAAAUCAGUAGAAAUCAUGCUAUUGGUCUCAUAACAAAGGAUGAAGAUGAAGUUGAUGGAAUUGUUAUGCGUGAAACUUCAAUAAAUUUAAAGGAUCCUUUUUCAUACUCCAGAAUCAAAUAUCCUGUCAAAGCUAUAAAUUGUAAUCAUGUUCAAUGUUUUGACGCUUAUUACUUUUUAAAUUCACAAUUGCAACAGCCAACUUGGGAAUGUCCAACUUGUUUAAAAACUUUGAAACUUAAAGAUUUGGGGAUUUGCGAAUAUUUUCACGAAAUUUUGAGCAACACAGGUGAUGAAGUGGAAAAGGUUCUUAUUCAAAAAGAUGGUAGUUGGAGACCAGUCGUUGGAUCAGAAGAACCAAAGAAAAUGAACCAUGCCAUAGCUAAAAAUGAUCCAGAUGUUGUAUUAAUAAUUGACUCAGAUAGUGAAGAUGACGAUACACCAAUUAAUGGGAGAACAACAGAAACAGCUCAAGUCUCACCGGGUGCAAACCCAGCUGCUUCCACUUCUACAGCUAACCAACCAAUUCAAGCACUUCCUUCACCUCCUUCACCUUCGACUCUCAUGACCAGAGAAGAUGAGCCAUUGUCUUCGUUCACAACUCAGUCAAGACUAAUUACCACGAGCCAACAGCAAAAUCCACAACCUCAACAGCAUCAGCAAAAUGAGCAACAACAACUGCUUCCGCAAAAUCAACAACAACAACUGCAACAACACCAACUGCAACAACACCAACAACAACUUCAACAGCAACAACAACAACAACUGCAUCAACAACAACAACAACAACAACUGCAUCAGCAAAAUCAGCAACAACAACUGCAUCAACUGCAACAACUGCAACUGCAACAUCAGAAUCAGCAACAGCAAAAUCAGCAACGGCAAAAUCAGCAACAGCAAAGUCAGCUACCCCAUGUGCAACAACAAUCAAAUGGUAUUGCUGGUGCAUCCAAUAAUACAUCUGUUGAAACUCAACAACAGACAUCAAGUGUGAGGUCUGAUGGUAAUUUGAAAGCAUGUAAAGUUUUCCGAAAUACGUCCCAAACGACAAAUACUCAAAUACUGCGAGGUGAGCUAGAAUUGUUGCAAAAACAACAAAGGUAUUUACAGGUAAAACGGCAAAUGUUAUCACAAGAUGAAGAUGAAGAUGAAGCAAGUAGAAAUCGUUCCAAUCAAGUAGAAACUCCAGUUAGUAGAUCUCCUCAAAUAUCAGCACGAGAUGUCACGGCAAGAGCCACCAUAUUAGAGAGUAGACCAGCUGGUUCAGAUUCGCGACAAAAUGCUAUACCUAUCAAUACGACUCAGUCUUUGGUUGGAGAUAAGGUCUCAAACAUAAAUGGCUCUGAUCGUACCAAUGGUGCUCAUGCAGGGCAAAUGAGAUUAGUGAAUGUGUCAAAUGAAACUAAUAAUACUCAAAACAGAUCGGUUCAAACUUCACUUGAUACACGAAAUGCUUCUAAUUACAACCAUCGAGCAGCUUUAUACAACUCAUCAGCUCAUUCUCAGCAGCAGCAGCCAUUAACUCGCCGUAUUUCCUUGGAUUCAGAUAAUCAACUAAGUCAUCAAAAUCGGCCCAAACUUACAUUGACUCAAAAUCAGCAACAACAAUUUGAAAAACAACAAAAUCAACAGCAAAGUAAUCAUCAACUGAAUUUUCAUCAACAGAAUCAUCAUCAGCAAAAUCAUCAUCAGCAAGAUCAUCAUCAGCAAAUUCGUUUUCAGCAAAAUCAUAAUCAAAAUAACCAACUGCAAAUCAAUCAGCAAAACCAUCUACUGAUGCAUCAGUCAAUUCUUCAACAGCAAAAACAACAAAAUCAAAAUCACAAUCAACAAAAUCAAAAUCAACAAAAUCAAAAUCAAAAUCAACUACAACAUCAAAUUCAGCAACAAAGACAUCAACAAGUGAAUGAUAAACACCAACCCACGGUGCUGCUGCCUAAUUCUCAGAGUGAUGUACAACUGGUAUUGCAUCAACAAAACACUCAACAAAAUGGUGUUCGAAAACAAGCUUCCCACAGAUAUAUGUCAGGUCGAGACUAUGUGCUGAUAAAUCAAUUAAAUCAAACGACAAAUGAAGGGCCCGAAAAUAUUGACCCUCAUGCUACGAAUACAUCGGGUUAUACAACUAGCACUGCUACUUCGUCUCAAGUUCUAUUGGCACCAAGCGGUAAGAAUUCAUCUACCAUUACAAGUUCAACAACUACCUCGAUUAAUCCGUCAGUGAUUUCACAAGUAUCUAGAAACACACCAAAUCUGUCAGGUAUUGCACGACAAAAUCGUCCACAAGGCACUCUCAACGUCUUGGAUUUACGUAUUGAUGUGAAUCAUCAGCCACAGUCUUCCCAACUUAGCGGAAAAAUUUCACUGCCAAGAACACAAAUAACGACUCCUUCUGAUUUUGGAGGUAGGUCUUCCAAUGGUGCCUUAAGGAGCAACGGAAUAACAGUUCCGAAUCAUAAUUCGAAUUUGCAAAGCGUUCAAAAUAUUGGUUUUACUUCAAGUUCAAACGGAAACACCAGCAGACCAACGUAUAACAAUUCUGGACCGGUUCAUUCAAAUCCUAAUUUGAGAAGGAAUGCAGAAUUAACAGCUAACUUAUCUGAUGCAAUAGAUCGGAAUGAAAGAGCACAACUUUUUUUGGACCAGAGUAAAUAUGAUAGGCAAGAAUUACUCAAGUUAUCGGAACAAUUUGAUUUGGAAUCAAUUGCCAUGAAGGACGCCCUAAUGCAAAGGUUAAAAGAUGAACCGAAGAAUGUCAUUGAUUUUCAUCUUCUUCAAUUUCAGAGAGAAAGGGAAAAUAUUAAAACCAAAUUUAUCAAUUCCUUCUUGGAAACUUCGGCCAUGGCAAACAGAUUGAAAUUAUUUUCAAAGUUCCAAAGGAGUCGUAAUCAAGAACUCAAUCAUCAGAAUGCUCCAAUGUCUGAACAAACUUCAGAAAAUGUGAACACUCAAACGAACCGUAUGUUAACAAGCCAGAGGUCUCCUUCGACUGCCAACGCGGAAACUGGGCCCGCUGCCCAAAAUUCAGUUAAUUCAGGUGCUCGUAUCAUUGAGUCCAGUGCAGACAUUCUUGGUAUUUUCAAAACUAGUACUGGCGGCUCACAAGAUAAUAAUCCAGGAGAUGGAAAUGUUCCAAAACAAACUGUAGCGGAAAAAUCCUUCGAUUCGAAUACUCAAACGGCAGCUUUCGCUCCCACGACUCAACCUUCAAAUUCACCAUUGACACAAGGUGGAAGUAGAGUCCAAUCAUUAGCCACAGUUCCUGCAUCUAGAAACCCUAAUAGUUCUGAUGUAUCCUUAAAUAGAGUAGCCGUGUCUAAACUUUUAAAGCAACUGAGUAGUAACUCAAAUUUGCCCAAUCGUGGCGAUGCAAUAAAUCGGGUGUUGAAUCAAAAUGAGACAAAUCAUGGUUUUGCUAGGUCUGCAACUUUUCAGUCAAAUAACAAUAGGCACAAUUCAACGGAAAAUCUUGUAACAACAAGCCAAAAUGGUUCACAUACGAGUGUUAAUUUAAUGAGUUCAAAUGAAAGUACUCGACCAUCGAUCCCAUCUCAGGUGAAGUCUAAUGAGACUUCAAGAAUCGUCAAUAAUCAACCUACCGAACAAGCUACUGAUUCAUUUACAAUCAAUAUUUCAAAAGAUUUUCCACCUAUACCGCCAGACAAAAGGUCUAAAGAUUCGACUAUUUUUGAGAAAAAUAUUGAUUCCAAAGGACCUAAAAAACCUCAAGUUGAAGAAAAAUUAUCACUUUUUGAUCACGCCAGUCCACCACCAUAUAAAAAGCAAAAAAUAUCAAUAUUAGACUUAGAUACUGCUCAUGAAAGUUUUAAGGAAUUUUCGUUUACGAAAGAAAUCUCACCUAUGAAUGACAAGAUUCAAAAUCUUCAAUUAGAAUCAAAAUGGUUAGAAGAAUUCACAGAAAAUGAGAAAAGAAUUGAGGAAAGAUUUAGAUCAGGAACAAACAAGGAUCCUAUCGUUAUUGAUGAAGAUAAUUGA